AUGGAUCUGGAUGCAGCAGCAGUACAGCUACAAGAAUUCAACCAAGACACGCUCUUGCAUCCUCAAGGCGCACAGUCCUAUGUCACCAAUCAGUUCCUCAGCUCUCUGAUUGAUCUCAUUCACGCGUAUACGGGCAAGUCUACAGAAGCCCAGGUGUAUAAAGAGGCGUACCGUGCGUUUGCGUUGUUGGUGCCACAUGUAUUCAACACCGUAUGUCAAAAUGAAGCAGAAACAAGGAUGUGGCAAACAGCAACGGAUCUAUCCAAUGCAGUGGAGCAAAGUGCACAGCAACAUCAAGACUUGGGUGUAAGGAUCGCUGCUAUCAAAUGUAUCCAAAUGCUGGUGCUUCUUCUUUCUAAAUCAGAUCGUAAUACCUUGAAAGAUCCUUCUCUUACCUUGGUGCGGCCACAACAUCGUGUUCUCGAUGCACAACAACUCGAAGAUAGAGGCCAAUCACUGUUAUAUACGAUGCUAAAUCUACUCCAAAAACCAGAUGAGACCAACACAAUCAUCUCAGCAACAAUCAAUUGCUUGGUUCCCAUUGUGAGAAAGCGACCCCAAUUUUAUCGACAAAUACUGGAUGCCAUGAUCAAAUGCAGCAACUCGCCACCUGCGAACAUGUCGACUGUACAAAAGAGGAGUGUCAAUAAGGUGGUCAAGAUUGCGUUGACAACAUUGAUUAGAUCGGAUCAAUUACCUCAAUAUCGAAAUGAAAUGGUUCAGGCAUUUGCGUCAAUUGGUGGAAAUCCAGCCAUCUUUCAGACUCGACAAUCGAGAGAAAGACGAGAAGGAAGUGAGGAAACAAGAAGAGGAAAGCGAUCUUUGCCUUCUGCAUCCAUGGAACAAGGAUCUGAAAAGAGAAGCAAAUUGGCUCAUGCAUCAUCAUCGAGAGUUGAAACGCCACCACGCACCCUCCCAUCGCUACCGAACUUUGACGUGACAAGCAUACCAUUGCCGAUUGUGAUUGAGAUAUGCAUGACCGCAUUACAAAGUGUGACCGAGGAAGCCAUUCAAGAACGCAUUAAUAUGCUUCCACCUUCGGGCAUUUUGGGCGGAUCCACAACGACGACGGCAUCAACUUCAACCAACACCCCUCCACCUCCUUCAUCAGGACCCGAUUUUCAUCAAUUCCAACCAAAGCCAGAACCAGCACUCCCGCAACCUAUGGAUACAACUGAUAUAGACACAAAACCUGCACCGCCCAUUGCUGAUGAUAAGGAUGUAUUUGAAGGCAAAAUCACAACGCGAGCACGAGUACCUUUAGCAAGCGUGCAGGAACGCGCAACACAGUCCCUAAAGAUGAAACCUUAUGAAUUAUCAGCACCAUCUACGCUUGGACAGAAUGAGCAAAUGGAAUUGAUGAAAAUGUCAGUACAACGGAUAUUCGACGCCGAAUACCAGCUACAAUCGAAGCAACCAGAUACAGCAACAACAGCCGAGGAUACCAUGUCAUCCACCUCACGAAGACCUUUGAUGGCAUGGAACCAAUCGGCGAGAUCCACAUGGCUUCUCCUUCUCGCUAAAUUGCUUGCACGAGGCAUCAACAAUAAAUAUCCUGGUCGACCUGGCACCAAUGAUGAUGCUCAAGCCUCUUCUUCAUCAAUGGAAGAUACCAAGAUGGAAGCUGUGGAAGGAAUGGAUACCACUGAUUUGAAAACGAUGCUUGUGGAUUUUAUUGCAGCUGAUUUACCAACAAGAUAUGAAAUUGGUCUCGCAUGGUUGAAUGAGGAGUUUCUUUGUGAUACUGAAUGCAAGCGACGUGACACCAGCUAUGAACCUCAAUAUUUCAAAUGGUUGCAAUUACUGCUCACCAAGGGUAUACCCACACUUGAAGGCAAGGACAAGACGUUGACCAAGUUGCUCUUGGAUGCUCCUGCUAUCAACACCGAAGCGAUUGAUUUGAUUCGAAAGCAUAUGAGCGAUGAGCCAUCGAGAUUUGUAUCAUGCGUAUCCACUUUACGUGACCUGGUAGCCAAUCGACCACCCGUACGAGAUAUGUGCCUUGAUGUUUUACUUGAGUAUUGCACCAAUCCAGACGUCAAAAUGCGAUCUACCGGCAUUGUCGUGGUGAAAAAAUGGGUGCCAGAUCAUCCAACGAUUGCACCCAAGGUGGAAGCUUUUGCUAUCAAAGCGCUGCACACACUUACUGGAGAACCACCCGCAAAAAAGGUCGAGGCAAUGGAUGUGGAUCCACCUACGGAGAAUGGUCAAGAACAAGACACAGAGGAGGAAAAGAAAGAACAGGUGGAAGAGCCUGCCGAAUGGUCUGAGCAAGAUGUGGUGCGACACGCAGAGUUAUUUUUUGCACUGUGUGCGAAGAAAAAUGACUUGUUAGAUGAGCUUUUCAAUGUAUAUAUCCAAUCAGCCGAUCAUGUACAGCGACUGAUCCGUCAGCAUAUUUACAACCUUAUCAAAUCCAUUGGCAUGCAUUCUCCUAAGCUCUUGGAUGUCAUUCGUAAUUUCCCAAGUGGUGGUGAAACAUUGGUUAUAAGGAUAUUAGUCACUCUCUGUGAUACUGUGCAACCAUCGAUUGAAUUGGUUUCGGCCGUCAAAUCAGCUUACCAAGAGCGCAACCUUGAUGCCAAAUUCUUAAUCCCGAUUGUAUCUGGACUUAGCAAGGAGGAUUUACGGCAUAGUUUACCAAAGAUUGUUGAGUUGCUGAAUAAUACGGAUGGCCAACGUAAGGUGGUAAAGAAGGUUUUCUCGCGUAUUGUUACAAGCAGCGCUACGUCCCCGGCAGCCAUGAAUCCAACAGAGUUGUUACUUGCUUUGCACGAGAUGGAAGAAAAUGUGCCAUUACCAAAGGCGGUGGAAGCGAUCAAUGUUUGCUUUACCAUGCCUGAUGUUUUCGAAGCCAAAUACGUCUCCAACGCUUUGCGAUAUUUGAUUGAUCAGUCAAAGAUCCCAAUCUUGCUUAUGGUGACUAUGAUUCGAACGGUUUCUGUAUAUAAGAAUCUGGUGCAAUUUGUUCUGAAUCUUUUGGAAAAGCUGAUAAAGAAGAGAGUGUGGACAUACCCAAAACUCUGGGAUGGAUUUGUGAAAUGCACUGAGCGUACACUGCCUGAUUCGGUGAAAACGGUUGCUACUUUGCCAAAGGACCAGCUCAAGGAUAUUCUUGUACGAAUCCCCAGUAUACAAGCACCUCUACGAGAAUAUGCAGAAAAGAACCAAUUGGUGCAAGUACUUGUGUUGAUGAAUGAGAUGGGUUUAAUCGAGGAAGAACAAUAA